AGUUGAGCUGACAAGAGUUUCACUGUUGACUAGCCUUGUCUCAUCACCUCAAGCUAUAGAAUCUCAAGCUAAGAUAUUGUCGUCGGAGAGAACUGUGGCUCAUAUUGGACACAGCUAUGAUAUCGGGGGAAAACUUCUCAGGGACGCUUUGAGCAUUUCCAGGGAUGGACAAACAAAAAGUGCUGAACCGGCUGAUCACAGAUCUGCACUCCUUCCUGGUGGUGCUGGACAGUGAGAACCUCAGCUACAUCGCUCAGGCCCAAAAGAAGUCAGUCUCAGAGCUGCUGUCCAAGCUGCAAGACACCCAUGUCGAGGAUGCUGAGUAUAUGAUCAUGAGCUGUCCAUCAGGGUCCCCAAGCAACGAUCUCAGGGAAACCCAGCUGUCAGGCACAGAUGCUCUUUUCCAGUCUGGACCAGACCCGGAGUCAGCCGAGGAGACCUUGUCCUCUGCCUCUACCAAAUUGCUACGGAAAGGGAGCCAGGGGCCGGCAGUACCCCCCCACCCUCCAGAAGGUUUAGAUGAGGACUGCUACGAGGAGGCUGAGCCUUUUGUUCCAGUCAAUCACUCAGCAGACAAAUGUGACUCAGACAGCAGUCACUACGAGUCAUAUGGUGAGGAAGAUGAGGAGGAGUUUAUGAAGGACCGGGCCCACUACAUCCAGUGGAGUGCCUCCCAGCCCUGUCUGCGGCCCACUUCUGAGUCACGCAUCUGUGGCUACCUGUGGCGGAAGAAAUGGCUGGGCCAAUGGACCAAACAACUCUUUCUCGUCCGCAACAAUCUGCUGUUGUGCUACAAAUGUGCCAAGGACCUCUACCCGCUGCUGGAGCUCAACCUGCGGGGCUGCCAGGUGGUGUACAAGUCCAAGCACAACAAGAAGAUGCAGCACGAGCUCAAGGUUGUGGCUGGCUCCGACACAGUGGUGAUGGGCUUCCAGAGCUGCCAGCAGGCGGAGGAAUGGAGGAAGGUAAUUGAGGAGGUGAAUAGCUCCUCCUAUGAUGAGCCAGAGUCCCAAAGGUUCUCCUUGUUACUCAAGUGUGACAGACUGGACUCUUGCAGGUCAAGCACAGUCAAUCACACUUCAGACUCGGAUGAAGAGAAAAUGUCGGCGCUGCCCUCUGCUCUCAGCAGUGUGGAAAUGAAGGAUAAAGGGUUCCUGAACGUGCUGAUGAACUGCCAGUGGCAGAGCCUGCUGUGCCAGGUAGAGGAUGGGGUGCUGAAAAUGUUCCGAGACGAGGGCUGUGAAGAGUGCCCUCAGUACACGGUACAGCUGAAAGGCUGCCAGGUUCGACCGGGCCCCGACACACCUCAGGCCUACCGCAUCACCGUGGUCCAACACGGAGACCAGGUGGCAGUACUGGAGGCCAGCUGUGCAGAUGAGAAAGAGCAGUGGUUGCAGCUCCUACAGGACGGGAGUGUAAGCCAGGGUCAGGCUGAUUCUCUAUAUCACUAUGACUCAAAGCCCGCUGGAGCCCUCAGUGGUUUGAAGGAACGAAGGUUCCCAACCUCAAACAUGUACAUAGACGACCCCUUUCACCAGCACAGUGGAAGCGGAUGCUCACAACCCAUCUACUCCAACACAGCCAUACUGGAGCACAUGUUCCAGAAUUCCCAAAACAUCGCCAGGGGAGACUCAGUGUCAUCGAAGGAUUCAGUCAACUACAGCAACACUGAAAUCUUUAACAACCACAGUAGGAAAUCGUGUGAGGUGGAGCGGGGGGUUCAGAAACUGGACUUGACCGGGAAGAGAAGGGUACAGCUGAGAGCUGGGUCAGAGAUGAACCUCAUCACUGCAGGGAAGAAAGCCAAAUGUACUUCCUUCAGACAGUCUCUGGCCUUCUGUACAGAACGGGCACAGGGUGGGUUCUUCACUCCACUACUGCGAAGGACCGCCUCCGCUAAAAACUCAUUGAAAAGAGCCCCCUCCGCCCUAUUUAUUGAGCAUGGCAAGGUGUUUCAGAGAAAGAAGGAGUGGGAGACAAAGGCCUCUACUUAAUACUAUACUGGUCGUUUCGGUAACAAUUAUCUUGUAUACAUUUUCUAUCAAACAUCUUUGUCAUCAGAAAUGUCAUCCGUCCUGAUGAUAAUACAAUACACUAUACUUCCGAAAUGGCACCCCUUUCCCUAUUGAAAAGUAGUGCACUAUAUAGGGAAUAGGGUGCAAUUUGGGAUGGGCCUUAGAUAAACAGGCUUGUUUCUCCAUUAAAACAGAGGCAUUUAAUAAGAGAUUCCUGUGAGGGUAAUUCAGUUGAAAACCUUGUAAAGCCUGACUCAGGAAUUCAUGUUUGUCUCUCAGGUGUAACACUUUCAUCAUUUAUUUCUGUCUUUCAUUUCUUAAAGCACAGUAUGUAUUGUCUAAUUUGUCUAUGUAUGUAUUCCUAUUCAUCAGACUUGACUUUACACUGUUUAUCACCAAUUGAGUUACAAUAAAUACACAAUGUUGAAGUCAUGAAAAAUACAUAUACACUACAGUUCAAACGUUUGGGGUCACUUAGAAAUGUCCUUGUUUUCGAAAGAA